CGUCAAGCCGGAAGUGAAGGUGAAGCUGGGAGAGCAGCCGUGGCCGCAGAUGCCUCCUCUCUUGUAAGCGGGGCGGGGAAGAGGCCGGCGGAAUGGAGGCGAGCCCUUGAACAUCUGCGGUGGAAUUCCCUGCAUUGCAGAAGAUUCAAGGACAGUCCCAGACCAUGACACCAUUGCUGAGAGUGGGUUGGAGAAAAGCUUGUCUUUGUCAGAAGCAGAUGGUGAUUCCAGCAGUGGCGUCUACACAUCCUUCAUGAAGUCCCAUCGCUGCUAUGACCUCAUCCCGACAAGCUCGAAGCUCGUGGUGUUUGACACUUCUCUUCAGGUAAAGAAAGCCUUCUUUGCUUUGGUGACCAAUGGUGUGCGGGCUGCCCCACUCUGGGACAGCAAAACACAAAGCUUUGUGGGAAUGCUCACAAUUACAGACUUCAUCAACAUCUUGCAUCGCUACUACAAAUCAGCUAUGGUGCAGAUCUAUGAGCUGGAGGAACACAAGAUUGAAACAUGGCGAGAGGUGUACCUGCAGGACUCUUUCAAGCCACUUGUCUGUAUUUCACCCAGCGCCAGCCUGUAUGAUGCUGUCACUUCUUUGAUCCGGAACAAGAUCCAUCGGCUUCCGGUCAUCGAUCAGGAUUCAGGGAACACUCUGUACAUCCUGACGCACAAGCGCAUCCUGAAGUUCCUUAAACUCUUUAUUGCAGAGUUUCCUAAGCCAGAGUUUACAUCCAAAACCCUAGAGGAGUUGAAGAUUGGCACCUAUGAAAACAUUGCCAUGGUCCAGACUGAUACUCCUAUCUAUGUUGCGCUGGGCAUUUUCGUACAACACCGAGUCUCUGCAUUGCCUGUGGUGGAUGAGUCAGGUCGGGUUGUGGAUAUUUAUUCCAAGUUUGAUGUCAUUAAUCUGGCGGCAGAAAAAACAUACAACAACUUGGAUGUGACAGUGACCAAAGCACUGCAGCACCGCUCUCAGUAUUUUGAAGGUGUGCUCAAGUGUUACAAGCAUGAAACUCUGGAGACGAUAAUCAACAGGCUGGUGGACGCAGAGGUUCAUCGGCUGGUUGUGGUGGAUGAGAACGAUGUGGUGAAGGGUAUUGUGUCCCUUUCGGAUAUCCUGCAGGCCCUGGUCCUUCCUGGUGGUCAGAAGCCCUGAAUGCAGGAGGGAAGACCCCACCUCUUCAUAGGUCCAGCUGUCCUUUCCGUAUCACUUUUUGGCCCGAGGAGUCACAAUGUGAGGGAGACUGUGUGGCACAGUUACAAGCCAAGCCAAAUGUUUGCCCACUUCUAGGACUGGUCCUUUUUGUCUUUCUUUCCCAUCAAAACAGGCCAUAAGUCUUUUCCUUCCCCAUUUUGGUUGCAAAGGAGCCCUAAGAUCUGUGGUCGCCUGGAGCUAAAUGUAUUGAUUUAGUGCUCAAGGUGCUAGUCGAAAUGGGGUGACUCUGGCUGUCCUUGAAUGGGGAGGGAGAUGGGGCAGAAAGUCAAGUCGACCUUGAAGUAAGUAUGUGUAGAAGGGAAUGCUUUAAAAAAACACCACCCAAGAUACAGUGUUCCAGGACAUUGGCUCUGUAGCUCAAAACAGAAACUGAGUGUGUUUACUUACUCUUCUGCCAAUCGUGUGUAUUACCACUUGCAGAUUUUCCUUCACAGUUUCUCAUGUGGAUGUUUUAUUUGAUUGGACAGCCUUCCCCAUCAGGUGCUCUUUUGAUGGGUUGGUUGGACUACAGCUCCCAUAAUUCCACAACCAGCAGGCACAACCAGCAGGCAGAGCCAUCAGCAUCCAAAUUCUGAUCUUCUCUGAAGCAAAAUAUUGUUUUGGGAGUCAUCCUGAUGGCAUGGUGUAUGACUCCUCAGAACAUAACUUCUUGUCUAUUUUUGUAUUGUAUCUUCCUUCCUUAAUUUGAAUACUUAGCUUUCAUCCGCUUGCCCACAAAGCAGUAGUGGGACUGUAGGGAGAUGUAAUCAGUGUUGCCUGGUGGUACUGGGAAGUAUUUGUCCAUAAACACAUGUCUGUGAUCUUUCAGAUAGAAAUAUAAACACAAUCUCUUUUACACUGCACAAUAUAUGAUUCCACUUUAACUGCCACAGAAAUAUCUUAUGGCAUCCUGCAAUUUCUACUUCAUCCAAAAGACUAGGACAUUGUGACAAAGUACUAAAUAAUUCCUAAAAAUUGCAAAUCCCAGAAUUUUGUGGGAUGAAGACAUCGCAGUUAAAGUGGGAUCCAAGUGCUAUAAUUGUGUGGCAUGGAAGAGAUCCAGGUUUGAGACUCAGCACCUGGGUGUCCCUCACAGAGCCAGAGAAAGAAGUGAACCCCUACCUUGACAAAAGUCUAUCUUGCCAUAAUUCCCGCCACUUUUGCACAUUCCUACAGUCCCUUCCCCUGUGUAAAUUGUACAACAUGUAUUUUUGUAAAGCCACAUUUCUUAUCUCAAAUGCUCCGUCCGCACUCUUUUUCUGUUUUUCGGGAGCACCUGGAUUUUCAGGUUCUCCCUCAGUUGAGAGUGUUUUUAAUUAUUUCAGAUCCACAUAGGGAACCUUCCUGAGGCCUUUCCUUCUGUGUGGGGCCAUCCAACUACUUGUUUUGUUGAGAUUCUUUACUUAAUAAAAACCAGAUUUUCACA